AUUCGCCUCAUCUCCUCUCCUCUCCCCUCCUCCCUACCCGUCACAAUGUCUUCUCUUCGAGCAGCAGCGCGAUUGCGUCCCGUUGCCUCUCGAUGGGCCCCCAAAUCUUCUCUACGACCUUACGCUACCGCGGCAGCCCUCAAACCAUCUGCCCCCUCCGCAGAACAGCCAUUCUUCACGAAUGAGCCUUCUGGACCUAUCGUCAAGACGGCCAUACCAGGCCCGGAGAGCAAGAAGGCAAUUGAAGAAUUGGACAGGGUGUUUGACACCCGGAGCUUGAACAUGCUUGCCAAUUACCAAAAGAGCUUUGGAAACUACAUUGCGGACCCAGAUGGAAAUGUGCUCUUGGAUGUCUAUGCACAAAUCGCCUCCAUCCCAGUCGGAUACAGCAACCCCGCUCUUAACGCAGCAGCAACUUCCCCACAGAUGGCGUCUGCCAUCAUCAACCGUCCAGCCCUCGGAAACUUCCCCUCACACGACUGGGCCUCGAUCCUCAAAACCGGCAUCCUAAGCGUAGCCCCAAAGGGCCUCGACCAGGUCUUCACCGCCAUGGCUGGUAGCGACGCCAACGAAACAGCCUACAAAGCAGCCUUCAUGUGGCGCCGCCAGCAAGAGCGCGGUGGCUCGCACAUCGAGUUCAGCGAAGAGGACAUUGCCUCCAGCAUGCUGAACCAAUCUCCUGGUGCACCACAACUCUCGAUCCUAUCUUUCAAAUCCGGUUUCCACGGCCGCCUUUUCGGCUCCCUGUCAACGACACGCUCGAAAUAUAUCCAUAAAAUCGAUAUCCCUGCUUUCGACUGGCCACAAGCUACAUUCCCCCUCUUGAAAUACCCCCUCGAGGACCAUAUCCAAGAAAAUGCCAAAGCGGAAGCAGAUGCUUUGGCAGAGGUUGAAAAGAUUAUCACAACGCACCACCUCCCACCCUGCGCCGUGGUCGUCGAGCCUAUCCAAUCCGAAGGUGGCGACAACCACGCCUCACCUGCAUUUUUCCGCGGCCUGCGCGCUCUCACCAAGAAACACAACGUCCUGCUCAUCGUCGACGAAGUGCAGACGGGCGUCGGCGCCACGGGGAAGUUCUGGGCUCAUGAUCACUGGAACCUAGAUACACCACCAGACAUGGUGACCUUCAGUAAGAAAGCGCAGACGGCAGGAUAUUAUUUCGGAAACCCAGAACUCAGACCCAACAAGCCUUACCGGCAAUUCAACACCUGGAUGGGCGACCCAGCACGCGCCAUCCUAUUCCGUGCCAUCAUCGAGGAGAUCGAGCGAUUGGAUCUAGUCACCAACACGGCCAAGGUGGGAGAGUAUCUGUAUAACGGUAUCGAGGAGUUGGGCAAGCUGUACCCGGGCCAGGUGCUCAACCUGAGGGGUAAGGGACAGGGGACUUUUAUCGCAUUCGAUAGUCCCAGACGGGACGAGGUCCUCAAGAAGGCCAAGAGCGUCGGUGUAAAUAUUGGCGGGUCUGGCGAGAGGGCUGUGCGCUUGAGGCCCAUGUUGAUUUUCCAGAAGCAUCACGCUGAUAUCCUGUUCGAGGCGUUGGAGAAGAUCUUUAAAUCGUGA